UGCCCUGGCAAGCAGGACCCGUUGGAAGCACUUCCUUGGACUUGAGCUCUAUCCUGUAUGGGCUGCAGCCGAUUGUUGGAAGUGCUCUAAGAGGGUAAAGUGAGAAUUGAUCAAUGUUGCAGAGUGCAGGGAGCAAUUAAGCCUUUUUUUAAUUUUAAGAAACGACCUUGAGGGUGGGGUGUGGCCAUUAAACACUUGCAAUUUGCAUAGCGUGGUUGAACAGCAGAGCAGAGCAGAGCGGCAGGCCGGGGGCAGACGAUGAAAUUGUUUGACGCACACUGUCACUUGCAAGACCCAAGAAUCUUUGACAAGGCACCCCACUUGAUUACAGCAGCCGUUGAUUCUGGCGUUGUUCGUUUUGCUGUUAAUGGAGUCUCUGAGAAAGAUUGGCAUUUGGUCAAGCAGAUUAGUGAGUCCUAUCCUUGCGUAAUUCCCUGCUUCGGUCUCCAUCCCUGUAGGUAUGUUGCAGAGAGGACACCCAAUUGGCUCAACACUUUAAAACAAUUCUUCGAGGCUACUCCCUCUGCUGCAGUUGGAGAGAUUGGCUUGGACAAAGGUUCACAAGGGAAGAAGGUUGAUUUCACAGAUCAGGUUAAUGUAUUCAGGCAACAACUUGAAAUUGCAAAAGAGUUAAAAAGGCCAGCAUCCAUCCACUGUGUUCGUGCUUUUGGAGACCUUCUUCAGAUAAUGAAAUCUUUGGGUCCUUUUCCUGCUGGCGUCAUUCUUCAUUCUUACCUAGGUUCUGCUGAGAUGGUUCCUGAAUUUGCCUAUCUUGGUGCUUACUUUUCUUUCUCUGGAUUUCUUAUGUCCAUGAAAGUACACAAGGCAAAGAGGAUGCUGAAGAUGGUGCCUUCUGAAAGAAUUUUACUGGAGACAGAUGCACCUGAUGCAUUACCCAAGUCUGAGUUAGAUUCUGCGCAUCUGGUUGAAGGAGCUUCCCUCCCUGAAGAGCUUCAGUCAAUAGAAAUUUCCUCAGCUCCAUUUGCUGGUGCAAGAGAUGUAUCAACAUUUCCAAAAGAAGCACUAAAUCACCCAGAAAAUAUUCACAAGGUUCUUUGAACAAACAUCGACCACGUCAAAUUUAUCCACAAAAUGGCGACUGGAUGCUUCUAUUUUGUCAAGAUGACGUUCAAUGAUUCUGAAAUACUCAUCAAAGACGGUGAUCUGAUAUGACACCUUCUCUGUUAGAGUUUCCAGCAAUUGAACAAUCCGUUCAUAGACCAUCUCGGGCUGGUCUGUUUGACUGGUGCACUCAACAUACAUCAUGCAGACAAGAGAGUUGAAAAUUUCAAGCCCAAGGAAAAAUGAAAACUAGGCUUUGAUACCAAAUUUGAUGUAGGAUAUGGGUGAAUUAUAGAUUUAGGUAGUUUAGUGGAAGCGAAAACAAUGAAAACAGAAAAUUAAACAAUGGGUAAAUUACUCAAAUGGUCCUCAAACUUAUACCUGAUUUACAUUUUGGUCCCUAGACUAAAUUAUUCGUUCAAAUGGUCCAUCAAUUGUAUAUUAAUCACUCCAUUGAUCCUACUGUUACAUUAUGUUAAUGUUGCUGUAAAAUGUAAGGGUAAAACCGUCCAUAACCAUCCUAUGUUCCCUAAAUAGGUGAUAAAGUGGUGAUACAUGGAUGAUAAAGUGGUGAUACAUAGGUAAUAAAGGGGUGAUACAUAGGUCAAAAGUCUUAUUUACCCCCACAUCAAAUGAUAAGUGAUGUGUGGAUAACUAACAUGAUAAGUGAUGGUAAAAAUCUAAUGAAUGUAAUUAUGUAUAGAUCCAACUAUGUGUAACCCUUCAUUUAGUUCAUUAUAUAUUGCAGAAGCCACUUAACAUGUCAUUAAUGAAUACUAAAGAGAUGAAUCAAAUGUUCGUUCAGAUGUAAAAUUAAUAAGUUCUUUUAUUUUGUUAGAAAAAGAAAAGGGAAAGGUUCAGACAUGCCUUUGUGAUUAAAUCUUUUUACGUGAAUCUCUUGGACGAGUGUGUUUCUUUUGAUACUUGUACCCUAUGGUUAGGCUGCAUAGAAAGUAGUGUCUAAAUUGACAUUGACACUUCUAGGCCUCAACCGAAUUAUUUAUUUAUUUUUUAAUGUUGACCAAAUUUAGUUAUUGCGGGGUUGAGAGUUCAUGUAUACAUUGUAACAUCCUUUAUGUCAAUGAUUGUUUAUUAGUUUAUAAUGUUUGUUUAAGCUUAAU